GGCUGCCCGGGCGCGGGCAGAUUCGGGGCACAACACGGCGGCGCGAGGCCCGACCUCUGCCCACCUGCCAGGCAGGAUGGAGCUGUCCCAGUAUGAGGAGGAGCUGGAGGAGCUGACGGGGCUGGAGGAGCUGGAGGAUGACGUCUUCCACCCCGAGACGCCUGCGGCGGAGCCCCUGGCACAGUCCGGCGGGCCGGCCCCCGCUGCCCCGCUCGCCCCCGGGCAGCCCUACAGCUACCUGGUCGGGCAGCUGCCCCUCUUCCCUCUCGCUCCCUGCUGCGGGCCGGGACUGCGGACCCUGAGCCAAGAAGACAAGACCACUCAGACGCUGAGCCCGGCCUCCCCGAGCCAAGGAGUCAUGCUGCCCUGCGGAGUGACUGAGGAGCCCCGGCGGCUCUUCUACGGCCAUGCCGGGUACCGCCUCUCUUCCCUCACCAGCUUUCCCGGGGACCCGAGUCUCGGCGAGGAGCCCCCCGAGGCGCCGUGGGAACGGAGAGCCGAAAUGCAGGUCGCCCGCAAGCUGCAGUGCAUCGCGGACCAGUUUCAUCGUCUCCACACCCAGAGGCAUCAACGGAACCGGAACCACUUGUGGUGGCGCGUCUUGCCUCUCCUGCACAAUCUGGCUCUGGACAUGGAGGAAAAUGGGCAGGGGUGGGGGCCCAGGUGAGGAGGGACAGUGUCUGCAGGAGGCAGUCCCGCCGUGUCCACCUUCCCUCUACCACCCCAGGAGAGGCAGCGACGCAGAAAGCUGAG